UUGACUGACUGUUUCAGGGAUAUGAAAUGUGUGCCAAAGAAAUUGAAACGUUAAAGGAAGAAGUGAGCAGGCUUUUGGCAAUUGAAAAACCCAUGAUGGAGAAAUUCAAUCUUAUAGAUAAUAUAGAACGACUUGGCAUCUCGUAUCACUUUGGCGACAAGAUUGAAGACCAACUACAAGAAUAUUAUGAUGCUUACACCAACUUUGAGAAGCAUGCAGAGUGUGAUUUAUCGAUUGCAGCACUUCAAUUCAGACUGUUCAGGCAACAUGGUUUCAAUAUAUCUUGUGGCAUCUUUGAUGGGUUCCUUGAUGCUAAUGGUAAGUUUAAGGAAUCUUUAUGCAAUGACAUAAAGGGUCUCCUAAGUCUUUAUGAAGCUGCUCAUGUCAGAACACAUGGUGAUAAAAUUUUAGAAGAAGCCCUUUUUUUCACAACUACUCAUCUGACACGGGAAAUUCCCAAUGUGGGUUCUACUCUUGCAAAAAAAGUGAAACAUGCCCUUGAGCAGCCAUUGCAUAAGGGCAUCCCAAGAUAUGAGGCUUAUUGUUAUAUCUCCAUGUAUGAAGAAGAUGAGUCUAGUAACAGGUUGCUGCUAAGGCUUGCCAAAUUGGAUUACCACUUGUUGCACAUGUUGUAUAAAGAAGACCUUUCUGAGAUAAUCAGGUGGGGGAAGGAAUUGGACAUCAUAUCGAAGGUUCCAUACGCAAGGGACAGAAUUGUGGAGUGCAACUUUUGGGCUGUUGGAACCUAUUAUGAACCUCAUUAUUCUCUUGCUCGAAUGACUUUGACAAAAGCAACAGUCUUGGCUGGAAUGAUUGAUGAUACCUAUGAUGCGUAUGGCACCCUAGAUGAACUCAAAAUUUUUACGGAAGCUGUAGAAAG